AUUUAAUUUUUCGAAUUCUUUUAUAAAAAAAAAAAAAAAAAACACACCAUUUCAUCGUCACCAUAUCACUCGUUUUAUACGAAAAGGAUCGGAACUUUUUCUUCUUACUUUUUUUUCUUCCUUUUCUAUCUCUCUCUCUCUCUCUCUCUCUCUCUCCCUCUAUUUUUGGGGAAUUUUUUGUUUUUGCCGUGAAGGAGAAAAAUAAUAAAAAAAAAAAGUUAACAUCAUCUAAGUGUUUGUUACAUUAGUUUUGUGUUUGAAAGAAGAAGAAGAAGAAGAAGAAAUAAGAAGAAGAAGAUUCCAAUUUAUUCUUGGAUUAUUUUCAAGUGUCCUAUCGAAAAUUAAGAACCUGAGGGAGAAAAAAAGAUGGAUGGUUAGAGAACAUAUCAGUUCUUCAACCCAGGAUCGAUCCCUAAAAGCAGCUUCGAGAGAAAGUGCCGUUGCUUGGCUACCUAUCUUUAUCUCUCUCUCUCUCUCACUCACUCUUUCUCUCUUUCUCGAUAUCUUUGUCUAUCUUUUACGUUUUAACACUUCCUUUUAUCUUCUCUUUGUUCUUUGAGUUAUCCAAGGAAUCCAAGAAAUAUCCUAAAAUAUCAUCCGUGAAUUAUACGUGUGAUCGAUAUCAUCCUCAUCCCCGUUCUAUGAACCACCUGUAAACUGUACUCCGACUUUUGGGGAUUAGAUUUGUUCGGGAUACACACACACACACACACACACACAACCGGAAAUUUAAGUACGGAGGGGGGUUUAAUUCACUUCUUCGUGGGAAAUAACUAGUUCACCACACAGAUUGAUGACCGGUUGGACGUUGUCGUCGUUUUACAUUGAUCGGGAUGAAAUACUUGAAAGUGGCAGUGUUCACGUUCAACCUAUUGAUAUGGUUGGCUGGUUGCACUGUACUGGUAAUAGGAGCAUGGUUACUCUUGGAACCAAGCAAGGGACACCUCUUGAAUCUUUUCGUUCCCGACGUCAAACCUCACGAGACAAUUGAUUUGAUAGCGUAUAGUUUGGUUGGCCUUGGUUUCACCGUAUUUAUGGUUGGUUUUUUCGGUUGUCGUGCUGCCCUACGUGGAAAUCAAUGUAUACUUGCCACCUACAUGAGCAUGCUGGUAGCCCUGAUCGUAACCGAAUUGGUGACAGCAGCGAUAGGUGGUUUGAUGACUUAUCGAAUUCUUUCCGAUUUGGAGGAAAGAUUGUCCGAUAAAUUAUCCAAGGAUUAUGGCCAUGAUCAUACCAGUGAUAAUUCGUUCAGUCAAAGUCUUGAUUUCGCACAAUACAAGUUUAAUUGCUGCGGAGUGCACAGCGACGAGGAUUAUAAUGGUACAGCAUGGUGGAGGGAUGGACAAAUUUCAGGAAGCAGAAGACAAGUUCCGCUAACCUGCUGCGUUCUCAAAAAUAUCGAGGUAAAGAAUACAGGUAGUCCAAUGAGCGUAGUCUCAAGAGUAUUUCACAAAAACAACGAGAAACCAUGGCUUCAUCCACAACCGAAGGACGAAGCCGCGUGUCAAGUAGAAGAUCAAGAAGGUCACAAGGGUUAUCGGCACAAAGAGGGUUGCCUAGGAAAAGUUAGCAAUUGGCUUCAGAGUGAAAGCUUCACUUUAGUUUUCUUAGGCAUGGCUAUGGCUGGUAUUCAGACAUUUGGUAUAAUAACUUCAGCGUUCCUUUGUCGAACUAUUCGAGAUAUGCAAACGGAUUAAAUGCGAGCAACUUUGAAAGAAGAUAAGAGUUUCUUCUUUGAUUCUUAGAAAUAUCGAGGAUAUUUUAUUGAAAGGAAAAAAAAAAAGAAAAAAUAGGAACGGCAAGAAAAGAAGAAAAGAAGAAAAAAAAAUAGAAGAAAAAAAAAAGCUACGCACAUUUUUUUUCUCUCUUUCUCUGACUUAUUUCUUCGCUACUAUUCAAAAGAAGAAGAAAAAGAAGAAGAAGAAGAAGAAGAAGAAGAUAGGAAAAAGGGAAGAAGAAGAAGAAGAAGGGCAAAACCAGGACUACUAUCUCCCGUGGGACAACUUUUUUCAAGGAUAUAUGCCUAUACGAAAUUCAAGAACAGCUUCGAUGAAUAAUGGCGUGAAAAAGAAGUUGAAAAGUGAGAAUAAGAUGAAGGAAGAAAAGAAAAAGAAAAAGAAAAAGAAAAAGAACAAAAAUUGUAUUCGAUCGAAGAAAAAUUGUCGUCGUUGUUGUCGUUCCGAGUCAUUCCCGUCCCUUAUUUGUAUGUUUGUUGUAUAAGAUGAACCAAAUUUUUCUGGAACCAAUGGAGAUAACGAAAAAAAGAAAAGAAAAAAAAAAG